AUGGGGGAAGACGCUCGCGCUUCAGGACCGGUGCUGGAAGGCAGGAUUGAGGAAAGGCCGAGGGUCAAUGGCGUUAGGUUACGAAAGGAGGAUUCGACCGACUCGGCUUCCCCGAACAACUCCAAGAUGGAUUCGCGAGGCACCAGUAUGUCGCCCGACGACACAAAGUCUGCAGGAGAGACUGCAGCGACUCCAGAUCACGCCUCUGCCCCGAAGCUGUCUCGCAAGUCGUCUCAGAAACCCGUUCGAAGUCCACCUACCUUAUUCGACCACCUGCCAGAUGUCACAGCCCAAGCAUGCAGCACGUUUCAGGUCAUCAACGACUGUCUUUAUGGCUCGAGGAAUAUGGGCUCGUCGGAUCACGACGCGCUGGAUUGCGACUGUACCGAAGAAUGGCGAAAUGAUGAAAACCACGCUUGUGGUGAGGAUUCCGACUGCAUCAACCGCGCGACCAAAAUUGAGUGCGUAGAUGGAGACUGCAACUGCGGGCCGGGCUGUCAAAACCAGCGGUUUCAGCGCAAGCAGUAUGCCGAUGUUUCGGUCAUCAAGACCGACAAGAAGGGGUUCGGCCUGCGGGCGAACCGGAACCUGCAGCCAAACGACUUCAUUUUCGAGUACAUUGGCGAGGUCAUCAAUGAGCCGACGUUCCGGAACCGGAUGAUCAAGUACGACCGCGAGGGCAUCAAGCACUUUUACUUCAUGUCGCUCACCAAGAGCGAGUUUGUCGAUGCCACUAAGAAGGGCAACCUGGGCCGGUUCUGCAACCAUUCGUGUAAUCCCAACUGUUAUGUCGACAAGUGGGUGGUGGGCGAGAAGCUGCGCAUGGGCAUUUUUGCCGGCCGCCCCAUCCGCGCCGGUGAGGAGCUUGUGUUCAACUACAAUGUCGACCGCUACGGCGCCGACCCCCAGCCAUGUUACUGCGGUGAGCAAAACUGCGUCGGCUUCAUCGGCGGCAAGACGCAGACAGAGCGUGCGACCAAACUGUCUCUUGCCACGAUUGAGGCCCUCGGUAUCGAGGACAGUGGCGACAGCUGGGACACCACCGUUGCCAAGAAGCCUCGCAGGAAGAAGGUCACCGAAGACGACGAGGACUAUGUCAACAGCUUCCAGCCGAAAUCCCUUGAUGAAGAUGGCGUCAACAAGGUCAUGGCCACUCUGAUGCAGUGCAAGGAGAAGUGGAUUGCUGUCAAGCUGCUUACCCGCCUUCAGGCCACAGAAGACGAGCAGCUUCGCCAUAGAGUGGUGAGGAUGCACGGCUACCAGAUUCUCAAAACAACACUCAACUCGUACAAAGACGACACCAAUGUCGUCCUGCAGGUUCUCGAUAUCCUCUACGACCUGCCGCGCAUCACCAAGAACAAGAUCGCCGACUCCAACAUCGAGGCAGCCAUCCAGCCCCUGACCACUUCGACUCAUGAAGAGGUCGCCUUCCAGGCCAACAGACUGCUCGAGGAAUGGAGUAAGCUCUCGACAGCGUACCGUAUUCCUCGCAAGGAAAAGGAUGCCGCAGCUCAUGCGACUUCAAACCCAUUUGAGGAGCGUCGCAACAUGGAUCGCGACGAGCCUCACAAGCACGCCAACAACUCCCUGGCCAACCUGAACAUUCCGACGGGCCCGCGCAAUAAGGUACCGCAAAGGAACGUCGGUUUCUUCAAUGGCCAACGUCCACCACGGAAGCUGCCCAGCAAUCUGCCCGAGGGCUGGCACGUCACCACGGACAACACAGGCCGGUAUUACUUUUAUGAUGUCAAUGGCAAAGUCCAGUGGCAGCGACCCACCGCGCCGGCGGUUUCCACUCCCAAAACUUCGACCAAAGCCCAGCAGGGCCAGAAGGCGGUGCAGGAUAUCAUUGACAGCUUGACUAAGGAGAUCACGCCAAGACAUUCGGCCACACAUACCCCCCAGCGGUCUAGCACCCCGACCACCGAACCCAAGAAGGAGAAGUGGCGUUCUCUCUCAAUCGAGAAACAGAUGAAGAUCUACGAGAACACCCUUUUCCCUCACGUCAAGUACGUGGUCGAGAAAUUCCACGGCAAGCUCCCCAAGGAGGACCUCAAGAAGUUUGCCCGCGAAGUCAACAAGAAGCUAGUCUCUUCCGAUUACAAGAACAACCGCGUUGAGGACCCCACUCAUAUCUCCUCCAAACAAGAGAAAAAGGUCAAGAAGUACGUCCGUGACUUUUUUGACCGCGCCGUUGUCAAAUAUAAGGAACAACAAAAGGCCAAGGGCAACAACAAAUCUACCGACUCGGACAAGCCCUUGGCUUCGUUAAAUGACCUGGGAGACAGCUCUGCCCCGACACCGGUCCAAGACGACAUUACACCCCUUUCUCAACCUAGCUCCCCUAGCUCCCCCGUUGGUGGUCGCAAAAGGAAGCGCGACGGUGAUGAUGAUGAUGUUGUUGAAGGCGAGGAGGCUUCUCAGUCACCGCAGGAUGAUAACAUGUCGGAGACGCCUUCGGUGAAGCGGCUCAAGGAGGAGGAUGGGGAUGGGGACAUGAUACCUAGUCCUCCGCCGCCGCCGCCGCCGCCGGUGGAUACGCCCCUUAGUGAGGAGCAGCGGGCCAUGCGGGAGCAGGAGGAGGAGCUGAGGAGGGAGAACGAGGAGGCGCAGAGGAUGGAGGAGGAGAAUAUUCAGAAUAAUAACCACAAGAACGGACAGCAUAUGGAUGUUGAUAUGGAGGAGGCUGGUGGUGAUGAUGAUAAGCCGCCUGAGCAUAGGGAACAGACGGGAGCACAGGAGGUCAUGAGCCACUAG